AUGCCACCAAGGGGCCGUAAAUGUAAAAAUGAAGAUCCCCAGCCUGAGGACCAGAGGCAGGCACUGAAAUGGGUACACAACAGCACUGAAACAAAACCCGCAAUAGAUGUGAAGGAAGAAAAGCUCAAGGGAUCGCUCGUCAGUCCGAGUCAAAUAUCGCCCGAAAACCUAGUCGUAGACAAAGCUGAGGUUCCAACCCUCAGCGGCACAUAG